GUCGCUAGUAGGAAGCUUUUUGCACUCCGCCACCUCUGGCCGCUGGGAAGACGUCAUCGCUUCCGCCCUACUUCCUGCUCCUGUUGGCGGCGCUUGAGAAUCCAAUAUGGAGUAAAAUCGGUGGAGCGCAGAGAUGGGGCUCGGACGGGGCGCCCUGCACCGCCGAUCCGGCGCGCCUCCCCCGGCCGCCGACCGCUCCCCGGAACCCUGAUUGGUCCGGUUCUCCGUCCUUCCCCCCCUCCGGGGAGGGGGGAAGCAGCGACCCGGGUCCGGGGCUCACCGCCGGCGGCCUCCUCGCAGCACUGCCUGCGGCCCCGAGGCGCGCUUGGCUUAUAUUUUUAUUUUAUUUUAUUUUUAUUUUUUAUUUUCUCCGGCUCUCCCUCCCCCCCCACUUUUCGAAGGUUUCCACCCCCCCCCACACACACUCACAAUCAAGAGAUCCCAGAUCUCACCCCAUUCGCCCGCUCGGGGAACCGGAGCCGCGGGCUCUGGAAGCUUGCACACGCUUGGGGCUCGUCGGUGCACCCCCUCUUUCCCCCUCCCAGAUCCUCAUCCCCGAGCUGGGGGGCGGACGCCCCGUUUCCCCCCCCCCCCCACUCCAUUGCUUUGCCUCGGCGGCAGGCCUCCUUCCUCAUCCUCCCCCUGCACCAUCACCAUCAGCACCAAAUCGGGAGAUGUGGAAGAUGGGCAAAAAGGGAGGGUGAGUGGCCGGGAACAUGAAGGGAGCCGAGCUGCCCGCCGCGGGACAGGCGUCUAGGUGACCAGGAAAAUGACCGAAGAAACCCACCCGGACGAUGACAGCUAUAUUGUGCGUGUCAAGGCUGUGGUUAUGACCAGAGAUGACUCCAGCGGGGGAUGGUUCCCACAGGAAGGAGGCGGGAUCAGUCGCGUGGGGGUGUGUAAGGUCAUGCACCCCGAAGGCAAUGGACGCAGCGGCUUUCUCAUCCAUGGUGAACGACAGAAAGACAAACUGGCGGUGCUGGACUGCUACGUCAGAAAGGACUUGGUGUACACCAAAGCCAACCCGACGUUUCACCACUGGAAAGUUGACAACAGGAAGUUUGGACUGACGUUCCAAAGCCCCGCCGACGCGCGAGCCUUUGACAGGGGCGUGAGGAAGGCGAUCGAAGACCUUAUAGAAGGCUCAACAACAUCAUCUUCCACGAUCCAUAACGAAGCUGAGCUUGGUGAUGAUGACGUUUUUACAACGGCCACAGACAGUUCUUCGAACUCCUCUCAGAAGAAGGAGCAGCACACACGGACAAUCUCCUCCCCUACAUCCUGUGAGCACCGAAGGAUUUACACCCUCGACCCAUACCCCCUGGACCACUAUCUCCCCGAGCAGCGCUCGCCCCGGCCGUGCCCGCCGCCGAGCCCGCCGGAGGACGAGGACGAGGUGGUGCGCAUCAACCCGCGCGAGCGGCUCUGGAUGACGGGCUACGAGGACUACCGGCACGGCCCGCUGCGCGGCGGCGGCGGCGGCGAGGACGCGGACCCGGCGUACGUGCGCUUCGCCAAGGCCGACGCGCCGCCCAAGCACGACUACAGCUACCCGUACGUGGACGCGGCGGACGCGGGGCUCGCGGGCCACGACGCCAAGGGCCCGGCGGGCGGCGGCGGCGGCGGCGUGGUGAAGAGCCAGCCGGGCCGGGCGGCGCGCGCGGGCGGCGGGCGGCGGCGCGACAAGGAGCGCGCGGGCGCGAGCACGGCGGGCGCGGGCGCGAGCGCGGCGGACCGGGAGCGCGCGCGCUGCGUCUACUGCCGCGACGUCUUCCAGCGCGCGCACAACCGCCGCGGCCGCUGCCACGACGCGCCCGACCCCGCGCGCACCUGCAUCCGCCGCGCCAGCUGCCUGUGGUGCGCGCACAGCCUGCUCUACCACUGCAUGUCGGACCCCGAGGGCGACUACGCUGACCCCUGCUCGUGCGACACGAGCGACGACCGGUUCUGCCUGCGCUGGAUGGCGCUCGUCGCGCUCUCGCUGCUGGCGCCCUGCAUGUGCUGCUACCUGCCGCUGCGCGCCUGCUACCACUGCGGCGUCCUGUGCCGGUGCUGCGGGGGCAAGCACAAGGCCGCCGCCGCCUGGUCGUGACGCGGCCGGCCCCCGGUCCCCGCGCGCCCCUCCCCCCGUCUUCUCGCCGGCUCCCUUGGACCCCUUCUUCUGCGGCACCGUCCCAGCCUGCGCAGGGGAGGGGGACCCCUGCCUGGCACACUGUCUCCAUCCCUUCAACCCCCCUCUCUUGGCACCCACUGCGUCAGACACACGUACAUUGCACAUACACGUUCACAUGCAUUACACAUAUACAUGUACACACAUGCAUGCGCACACAUGCAUAUACACAUUACACAUAGACAAGGAAAUACAUGCACACACCU